AUGGAGAGCUCUGACGGCGCUAGGGUUUUGGAGACUAACGACGCUAUGAUAGAGGAUAUGCCGAGGAAAGAUCAGCCGCCGGGAGAGCCGCCGGAUGGAGGGACCUCUUGGGCUUCCAUGGUGUCGGGAACAAGUUCUGGGGGUCGUCCACGUGCGGAGAGGUUAGUGUCGGAUGAGUUUGUGGUGGAGCGGCUGUCUGUGGAGUUCCCGAACGGAGAGGAUGGGGAGCCGGUUAUAACGAUCGGUCAUGAAGUGUUGGACGCGAUGAAUGGUUUGUGGAAGCAAUGUAUGCUAGUGAAGGUGUUGGGGAGGAAUGUCCCAAUCGUUGUACUGUCAAGGAAAUUACGAGAGCUAUGGAGACCGCAAGGUGCCAUGUCAGUUUUAGAUCUCCCUCGUGGCUUUUUCUUGGUAAGAUUUGGAGUAGAGGAGGAGUACAUGGCGGCACUAACGGGGGGUCCGUGGAAGGCUUUUGGUAGUUACCUAUUGGUCAAAGCGUGGUCGCCCGAGUUUGAUCCAAUGAGGAAUGAGAUCGUGACGACGCCGGUGUGGGUCCGCCUCUCUAACUUGCCAGUGAACUUUUACCAUCGAGCUAUCCUGUUGGGGAUUGCUAAGGGAUUAGGGAAACCACUGAGAGUUGAUCAGACGACCUUGAAUGUAGAGAGGGCUAGAUUUGCAAGGGUUUGUGUGCAAGUAAAUCUUAGGCAUCCUCUGAAGGGUUCAGUGAUGGUCAAUGGUGAGAGGUACUAUGUGGCGUAUGAGGGCCUUACGAAUAUUUGCUCUGGUUGUGGAAUCUACGGUCACUUGAUUCACUCAUGCCCAAAGAAUGUCCCACUGUCGGCUGUGGUCGCGGAAGAAGCGAGGGAAGGAGAAGGAAGUGAGGUAGUAGUGCAUGCGAAUCAGGAGGAUGGUUUCACGAUGGUAAGGAGGCCUCGUCAGGCGGGAGCAGAGCCGCGACGUCCGGUGAAUUUCACGGCGGGGAAGCAGUUUGGAAAUCCAAGACGGGCCCUUAAGGAAAUCCCUCAAAAUCAGGGGUUGAGGAAUAUUCCAUUAUCGAAUACGUUUGAGCGUUUAAGGGAGGAUACGGGACAGAUUCAGUUAGGCGGAGAAGGUCGCGGAAUGAAGGGGGAUAAGGAAAACUCGAGUGAUUCGGGUAUGGUAAUUUUCGGCAAGAAUACCGUGCCAAGUAAGGAAGCAGUUUUGGGCGGGGAUUCGCAAAUCUUGAAUCGAGGACUUGAGGGGGUAGCAAGUGAGAGGCGUACAGGGCCGAGUAAAGGCCCAUUUAAUGGGGGCCGAAGAAAACCGAAAAGCAAUCAACCUUCCAGAGGCCUAAUUUUCGGCCCAAUAGGUCAUGAGUUUGAUUCGGAGUUCACCACAUCGGGGAAGCGCCUGAGAGUUGAGAGUGAGGUCUCAGGUAGAGCGGGAGGUCGUUUCACGGGGGAGAACAGUGAGAAUGGCAAGACGGAGUUGGGGAUUGUCGCUGGCUAA